GCGAUGGGCUCCGCGCUAAGCAGUGACAGCGGCCGAGAAGCCCCGGCUGCCCGGGCCACCCCGUCAGCCCUGCCCGGGAGGAGCGAAGUGGAGUUGCCGAUUACCUCUUUUGAUUGCUCUGUCUGCCUCGAAGUCCUGCAUCAGCCCAUAAGGACCCGCUGUGGCCACGUAUUCUGUCGUUCCUGUAUUUCUACAAGUCUAAGAAACAGUAAGUGGACUUGUCCUUAUUGCCGGGCAUAUCUUCCUUCAGAAGGAGUUCCAGCAACUGAUAUCAUGAAGAAAAUGAAAGCAGUAUACCAGAACUGCACAGAGUGUAACACUCAGGUAUGUCUCAGUGAAAUGAGAGCUCAUAUAAGGACCUGUCAGAAAUAUAUAGAAAAAUAUGGACCUCUUCAAGAACUUGGAGAAAUAACAAGAUGUUCAUGUCCAUUUUGUGAGAGAGAAUUGGAUGAAGAUAGCUUGCUUAACCACUGUCUCACUUAUCACAGAUCAGAAAGAAGGCCAGUGUUCUGUCCGCUUUGUCAUUUUAUACCUAAUGGAGAUUCACGCUAUUCCAGUGACAGUUUGAUCCAGCACCUGCAAAUCAGACACACAAUGUUUUAUGAUGAAUUCAUUGAUUUUAAUUUAUUAGAAGAAACUCUGAUCCGAAGAGUCCUAGACCGGUCACUUUUAGAAUAUAUGAAUCAUUCAAACAGCACCUAAUUCUCCUAGGAGGAGAAAAAAUUUUCCUUGGAUUCAGUAUAUUAAGAUACUGCUUUAACAAUUAAAGGGGUAUCUUUGGCCUUUGAGAAAAGCACAGAUAUAACAAACCUUUAAUGUUUGUAGUGUCUGUUAUUGUGUUUAUCUGGAAAUUUAAAAACCACUAUAUUAUCCCUUUGGUGAUUUAUAUUCAUAGUGUCCUGUUGAGAUUUCCUGAUACUUAGUAGUAAUAAUUAUAUCGGCCAAGAGUUUUAAGAUAGACAGCCAUAUAGGGCAUGUUCAAGGGAGGAAUUGUUCUUGUUGGGAAAUCAGAUGGAUUUUUGCAGGGAUCGUUAAUAAUAAACAACAAGACUGACAGUGAUAACCAUCAGAUUGCUUUAUGUAUUUUUAAAAAUUGAAUAUGAGUUAAGUAUUUAAGAAAAACCUGGAAGUAGCUUCCAUUUCUGAUAUUCUAGGUUCUAAAAAUGCUAUUAUGAAUGCAUAAUUUUAAUGGAAAUGAAAGAGGGGGCUAUUGUGGUAGUUAACAAUAUCCCUUUAAAUUGUAUGCUGUUAAUACUGUAACAAAAUAAAUACUGUAAUAGGAAUGUAUUCUUAAUGCUUUCAUUUUUAAAAAUAUGUAUCUACCAUGAGCAGAAUAUAUUUGAAAGGUUGGUGGUUAAUGUUAAUUAUUGUUUAGGAGAUUUCUAUAAUGUAAAUAAGCUUUAAAAUAUUAUGGCCUGACAUUUUACAUGUAAAGAUAUCUUGUCUGAACAGAAUUUUUUGAUGUAAAGCCCUUACAGGUUGAUUUUCAACUAAAAAGGUGUAUUGAUUUAUGAAGACAAACCAUUCAACUCCUUAGGGUAAGAUUUUAUUCAGCUAUGUUUUAGUAUUUCUAAUGAGAAAUGGUCCUUUCUGCUUAUUUCUUCUUUAUAAGGGCUAUUUAUAGUAUAGAAACUUAAAGAAAGAAGAAAAAUGACUACCAUUUCUUUAGAGGCCUGGUUCCUAUUCUUCCAUCUCCUUUAGAACUUACUACAUAUUUGAAAAUAUUGGAAGGGUAUAUGGGAACUGAGAAGAAUACAAAGAAAAAUAAAACCUGGGUAAUCCAAAAAUCUCAUUUUGGGAAGUUAAUUUUCCUUUACUGAAAAGCCUAGUUGAAUUUUAUAACUUCUGCCUUUCCUUUUAAAUAGAACUCUUAAGAUAAAUUGUAAAAGGAAAAAAAAGGAUUUUGAGUCAUCCAAAACUGGAUAAUUUGUUAGGAAUCUAAUUAGUUUAGGAGAGAACUUAGAGAAGAUGUUCUAGGUUAAAAACCAGACACACACCUUUUUUUCCCCCCCAUGAAAGGAAACACAGAAAAGUAACUUUAACUUGCCUAACUCCUUGUCUUUCUAUUUUGGUUAAUGUUCAGUUAUAGCCAACUCUCCGUGAUUCAUUGGACCAUACUUGUCAUGAGGUUUUCUUGGUAAAAGAAGCAGGAGUGAUAUGGCUUUUCCUUCUUCUUAAAACAAACAGAUUAAGUGAUCUUUCUAUUGAUACCACUCUGCUUGAGAAGGAAAAGACAGUAUUAUCUAGUGUUUAUGUUAAAUAUCUAAAUAUAUACAUCAAGCAGAGUGGCAUCAUUAUAAGAGCAUUGGAUCUAGGAGUAAGAAGACAAAGCCUUGGUAUACCAUCUCUGUGUGUCCUGGGACUAGUCUAUUCUCAAGCUUAAGUAUUCACAUCCAUAAAAUAGGGACAAAUAAUACCUGACCUUCCUACCUCAUACAAUGUUGAAAGAAUCAAAGGAGAGGAUACAUGUGAAGGUAUGCUAUAAAUUAUUAAAGUACUAUACCAAUGUUAAUCAGUCAUUAAACUCAGACUAGUGGAGAGAUCAUCUUCAGAUUUAAUAAAAAUGGUUAAAGUUCAAAUUUUCAAAAAGACAAUCCUGUAAUGUAAACUAUAUAGGAUUGAAUUUAAUUGAUCUGCUACAGGUGACCUCCAACAUCUAAAUUCUGCUUCAGAUCUCCUUUCAUCAUUCUUUUACACUGAUCUCAAAUCAAGAACUACUUAUUAAUGAGCCUUCUGUGUUAUAUGUUUCUGAUUUAGCAGAGUCCAAAUUCCUAGAGUUUUAUUCCAGACUUAUCUUAAACAUGCAAUUUGUUGAGUGAGUAUUAAAGUGACUUAGUCAUCUGAGAUGAGAAUGAUGGGAACAACAAAGGAAAAAAUGUUAUUAACUUCUAAAAUAGUGUUUCUCUGGUAAUUCAGUACUCCUAGCUGCCCAGUGGACAACCUAGAAAAUAAAAUUACCUAUCUUUAUUCAAGAGUCAAAUUAACCCACCCCUAUGGAAAAACCUAAGCUAGGAUGUAUAUUCUAUGAGGAUAUGUCAGCCUGAUUAUGUCACACCAGAUUGUGGGUUGGAGAUAGAGGUAGAGUAUUAAUGAAUGAUAGAAACAGGUCUAGAAUUUCAGCUUCCCGCACCUAUAGAGUCACACUGCUCUGAUGUCAAUGAUAAAACUUACCAUCAUAGAUUCAUGAGGCAAGGAAGCUUAUUAUUGAGUUUAUGAAAGGUGAUAACAAUGUGAUUUGUGGCCAGAAGGACAGAGGUGCUAAAAUGUCUUAAAGAGACUCACUCUUGUUUCAUUCCUCAAUAACAAAAACUGUAAUUAUCAGAUUUUUAAAAUUAACAAUUACUGAUUUUCUUUUGUAAAGAUGUCUUAUGAGAAACAAAGGAUGGCAGGACCAUUGCUUUUGUUUAAAAUAUGUAUCUAUUCAUAAAUGCUGACCUUCAAUAAAUGGUCUUCCUAAAUCUAA